ACGUAUUUCUAUGGAGAAAAAAUAAAUGUAAACACAAGCUUAACCUGAAAGCUUAUUGCACUUAAAAAUAAUUUACAGUAAACUGAUAUAAUGUUGAGAUUAGUAUGUGGAGCUGUGAGAGCAGCCGCACGAAUGAAGGAAACUUACAUUCAAACAGCCAACACUCAAGCAUUGUUUUUUCGUGGGCUACAAACUUCACCUUCGUACAACUUUCAGGCUGGCAGUUUAGUCAGUGGAUUUCUAAGGUACAACUUUCUAAACACCAACAUCAACUCCUCGAAUAUAGUUCCUUCACCGAGCGUUCUCCAGUCACAGUCUCGUACUGUCACAAAGUUUUCUCGUCAGAAAGGUAAAAGAAGAUCCGUCAGAGCUGUGGUACAACGUUUCUACAGACUUCAUUGGGGUGGGUGGAUCAGAACAAGAGCUGGUCGCCACAGAUUUUUGUGGAAAAAAAAGGAUAGCUUGAAGCGCCGUCACAGACAACACGUUUUCUGCAACGCAACCCAGAGCCGUCUUCUCGACAAGAUGGUAACAAAAUUUUGGCGCAAACCACGCUUCUACGUUGAUGAUCCAUAUGAACCAUACCAUACCAGAGAAGAAUAUUAUGUGACAAGGAAAAAACCACUACCAUAAAUGGUAUUUGCCAUAUCAGCUAAAAUUAUCAGAGGAAAAUAAACCUCAGGUAAUAUGAUGUAUAGUAUGAUUUUAAUUUUUAUGUAUCACAUGAAAAUAAAUCAAAAUUUUGUACACUUU